AUGUCUGGAAACACCCCUGCUGUCCUCUGCCAGUCUGAUUGCACCUUGGGAAGGGAUUGUGCAAUCCAGGAAAACCAAAGCAAUGGGACACAAGUGGACAGUCUAACACUGGCCUCAACCAAUACUGACUUCGCCUUCAGGCUCUACAAGGAGCUGACUAUGAAGUGUUCAGAUAAAAACAUUGUCUUCUCCCCAUUCAACAUCUCAGCUGCCUUGGCCGUCCUGUCCCUGGGAGCAAGCAACAACACCUUGCAAGAGAUUCUAGAAGGUCUCAAGUUCAAUCUCACAGAGACCCCUGAGGCAGACAUCCACCGGGAAUUUGGACACCUCCUCCACAUGCUCAGCCAGCCAGGGGACCAGGUGCAGAUCAGCACAGGCAGCGCCAUGUUUGUUGAAAAGCGCCUGCUGAUCCUUGCGGAGUUCAGGGAGAAAGCAAGGGCGCUCUACCAUGCUGGGGCCUCAAGUGUCGACUUCCAGCAGCCUCAUGAGGCCAAAACUCUCAUCAAUGACUAUGUGAGGAAACAGACCCAUGGGAAGAUCAAGGACCUGAUCUCAGGUCUGGAUGUGGAUACAGUAAUGGUGCUGGUGAACUACAUCUACUUUAAAGGGAAAUGGAGGAAACCCUUUGACCCUGACUUCACAUUUGAGUCUGACUUCUACUUGGACAACAAGAGGACUGUGAAGGUGCCCAUGAUGAAACUUAAGUUUCUGACCACCCCCUACUUCUGGGAUGAGGAGCUGGCCUGCACUGUGGUGGAGCUGAAGUACACAGGCAAUGCCAGCGCCCUGUUCAUCCUCCCUGACGAGGGCAGGAUGCAGCAGGUGGAAGCCAGCCUGCAGCCAGAGACCCUGAGGAAGUGGAGGGACUCUCUGAGGUCCAGAAAGAUCAAUGAGUUCUCCCUGCCCAAGUUCUCUGUCUCCACUGACUACAGCCUGCAGAACAUCCUUCCACAGCUGGGCAUCAGGGAAGUCUUCUCCACAGAGGCUGACCUGUCUGGGAUCACAGGGUCUAAGAACCUGAGAGUCUCUCAGGUGGUCCACAAGGCUGUGCUGGACGUGGCUGAGACAGGCACAGAAGCAGCGGCUGCCACAGGAAUGUUGAAGAAAGGAUCGGCUCUACUUAAGAAUCCUUUGAAUGUGAAUUUCAACAGGCCAUUCCUGAUGAUUAUCUCUGACACAGAUACUCAGUCUUCACUCUUUAUGACCAAAAUCACAAAUCCCAAGGGAAACUAGAACUUGCCAAUGGUG